UUGUGUCGUGCCACCACCCAGUACAAGUGGGCCGGGUCGUGCCACCAUCCGUCUGAAUUUGUAUGAGCCGCAGCCUCGUGUUGCCGUGUCUUCCCCGUCCGUCAGCAGUCUCGUGUUGCUGCCUGCACAUGCAUGCACUCCAACUUGCAGCAUCUACCUCUUUCUUUAAUACAUACCCUCUUCUUCCUUCUCCAAUUCGAAGAGCAGGACACCACACAUCUGUGCACUGCAUCCAUCCACCAUCAGUAUCCCUCUCUUCUCCAAUUCAGGCAUUCUAUUUUCCAGCCAUGCCUCCUCCCCUCCAGAUAUUACUACUCGGUGUGCUUCUCCUCUCUUUCCUGAACACUCCUUCAUGUUCCGCUGCUGCAAACGGUGACACUCUCACGACAGGCCAAGCGCUCGCCGUCGGUGACAAGCUCGUCUCAAGGAACGGUAAGUUCGCGCUCGGGUUCUUCCAGCCAGAGCCACCAGGCAACAUCAGUAAGUCCACCGCCAACACCACCACCAUCUCUCCCGGCUGGUACCUUGGCAUAUGGUUCAAUAAGAUCCCUAUUUUUACUACUGUCUGGGUUGCCAAUAGGGAGGAGCCCAUCGCUGAGCCCGAGCUCAAGCUAGCACAGCUCAAAAUCUCAAGAGAUGGCAAUCUUGCCAUCAUCUUAAACAAUGGCAGUACUGAAUCCAUAAUCUGGUCCACUCACAUUAUUGUCAAUAGGACGACACAAACUAGCACAAACACGACUAGUUCUGUGCUCAGGAACAAUGGAAACCUAGCCCUUACAGGAGAAAGCCCGUCUAGUAAUGUUAUGUUGUGGCAGAGCUUUGACUACCCUACAGAUGUUGGUCUUCCGGGCGCCAAGUUAGGCUGGAAUAAGGUCACUGGUUUGAAUCGUCAGUACAUCUCAAAGAAGAGCCUGAUUGAUCUGGGUCUUGGCUCAUACAGCUUUGAACUAGACGCCAACGGGGUGGUGCUCCUCAAUCACCACUACCCCCCCUCUGUAGUGUAUUGGACUUGGCCAGCCGGACAAUUGUCAUAUAAACUUAUACCAGUACUCAAGGCUCUGCUAGACUUGGAUCCACGGACCAAAGGUUUGUUUAUCCCCGCAUAUGUCGAGAACAAUGAAGAGGAGUAUUUCAUGUACACCUCAUUGGAUGAAUCAUCGUCCUCAUUCAUCUCCAUAGACAUCUCUGGUCAGAUCAAGUUGAAUCUUUGGUCACAAGCCAGACAGUCUUGGGAAAUCAUAUAUUCUGAACCUGAUGUUCCCUGCCCUGUGUUUGCUACCUGUGGUCCCUUCACAGUUUGCAACGACAAUUCAAGUCCAUUCUGUGACUGUAUGGAGAGCUUCUCUCGGAUGUCACCUCGGGAUUGGGAGCUGGGUGACCGAACUGAAGGGUGCUUCAGAAAUACUCCAUUAGAUUGCAUAGCUAGUAAGAAAAACACAAGUUCAACAGACAUAUUCCACCCCAUAGCUCGUGUCACAUUGCCCCGUGACCCCCAAAUCAUAGAAGGUGCUACCAUUCAGAGCACAUGUGCAGAAGUGUGUCUCAAUGACUGCUCCUGCACUGCUUAUUCCUAUAAUAACAAUAGCAGAUGCUCAGUCUGGCAUGGGGAAUUGCUUAAUGUAAACCAGAAUGAUGGCCAUGAAAUUAUUUCUGAAGAUGUUCUUUACCUUCGCCUUGCCGCCAAAGAUUUGCAAAGCUCGAGAAAAGGCAAAAGAAAACCGAUCGUUGGAGUUGUCACUGCUGCAAGCAUUGUUGGUUUUGGGUUACUAAUGCUCAUGCUGUUGUUGUUAAUGGUUUGGAGGAACAAAUUCAAGUGGUGUGGCGCGCCAUUACACGACAGUCAAGGUAGUGGUGGUGGAAUUAUAGCCUUUAGAUACACUACUUUAGACCAUGCUACUAAAAAUUUCUCGAAAAUACUGGGAGCCGGUGGUUUUGGUUCUGUAUUCAAGGGAGUGUUAAGGGACUCGACUGCUAUAGCAGUGAAAAGGCUUGAUGAUGCCCGUCAGGGAGAGAAGCAAUUCAGGGCUGAGGUGAGCUCAAUUGGAUUGAUCCAACAUAUCAACCUAGUCAAAUUGAUUGGCUUCUGCUGUGAAGGUGACAAGAGGCUACUUGUAUACGAACACAUGUUAAAUGGGUCUCUUGAUGCCCAUCUAUUUCAGGGCAAUGCUACUAACCUAAAUUGGAGCACUAGGUAUCAAAUAGCCGUAGGAGUUGCUAGAGGAUUGUCCUACUUGCAUCAGAGUUGCCGCGAAUGCAUCAUACACUGUGAUAUUAAGCCACAAAACAUACUUCUCGAUGCAUCAUUUGUUCCUAAGAUUGCAGACUUUGGAAUGGCAGCGUUUAUAGGAAGGGACUUUAGCCGAGUUCUAACAACGUUUAGAGGAACUGUAGGGUAUCUUGCCCCAGAGUGGCUUAGUGGAGUUGCUAUUACACCAAAAGUUGACGUUUAUAGCUUUGGUAUGGUACUGUUAGAGAUCAUAUCAGGAAGGAGGAAUUCACUUGAAGUAUACACUAGCAGCAAUUAUCAUGGUUCCUAUUUCCCUGUGCAAGCCAUCAACAAGCUUCAUGAGGGAGAUGUGCUUAGUUUGGUGGAUCCACAAUUGCAUGGUGACUUCAUUUUGGAAGAGGCUGAAAGGGUUUGCAAAGUUGCAUGUUGGUGCAUUCAAGAUAGUGAGUUUGAUAGGCCGACAAUGGGUGAAGUGGUCCGGGGUCUUGAGGGUCUACAGGAGCUUGAUAUGCCCCCAAUUCCAAGACUACUUGCAGCUAUAACAGAAUGCUCUGAUGUGGCUUCAAUGUAAUAAUUCAUAAAUACUUCGUAGUCUUUGAUGCUACUAGUCUUUGUUUCAAUAAAUUUUAAAGUUCUGAUGUGGAGUGCAAGAAAUAAUGGAAGGCAACCUUGGAAUUGCUAAAUUAUAUUGUAUGGUGUAUAUGGUCUACCGUUUUCUUGUUUUUCUUUUUUAAUGAACGAUAAAGGUACGGCGGAAGCUGCGGAACUAGAAAUAUGUGUAUGCUUUGUUUUUUUUUCUUUUGAGUGAAAUAUGUGUAUGCUUUGUUUUUUUUGGUGAAAUAUGUGUAUGCUUUGCUUUUUUAGUGAAAUAUGUGUAUGCUUUGCUUUUUUUUUUAGUGAAAUAUGUGUAUGCUUUGUUAAUGGGACAAUUGACAUAUAUCUCAAAUUAAUGGAAGAAGGUCGAUAUAAGCCAUUAAAUUACAUAGUGCUUGCUUCAAAGAUUUGUCACUAGUAAAGUUCUUAUUGAA